GGCGCUGCCCGGAGCCAUCCAUUAUGCAAGGGCAGGGCGCGCUGCGCCGGGGGAGGCGGCGGCGGCGGCGGCGGCAGCGGCGCGCCAAGAUGGCGACAACCGCAGUUCCUCCUGCGGCUCCCCCCGCGCCGCAGUCCGGCAGCGCCCCGCGGGACACGCGCUAGCGCCGCCGCCGCGAGCCGACCUGUCCGGGCUGCGACAUAGCUAACGAAGCUGCUGCAGGAUGAAAAGAUGGCAGCGCGGCUGCUCGCACCGCCAGGCCCCGAGAGUUUUAAACCUUUCACUCCGGAGUCCCUGGCUAACAUUGAGAAACGCAUCGCAGAAGAAAAAAAGAAGCGUCCGAAGCAAGACAGCAGCCACCGGGACGAUGACGAAGACAGCAAACCAAAACCAAACAGUGACCUCGAGGCGGGGAAGAAUUUGCCUUUCAUCUACGGGGACAUCCCCAAAGGCCUGGUUGCUGUACCGCUGGAGGACUUUGACCCUUAUUAUAUGACCCAGAAAACCUUUGUAGUACUAAACAGAGGGAAAACACUCUUCCGAUUUAGUGCCACACCUGCCUUGUACAUUUUAAGUCCUUUUAAUCUGUUUAGAAGAAUAGCUAUUAAAAUUUUGAUACAUUCAGUAUUUAGCAUGAUCAUUAUGUGCACUAUUUUGACCAACUGUGUAUUCAUGACUUUUAGUAACCCACCUGAAUGGUCGAAGAAUGUGGAGUAUACAUUCACUGGUAUUUAUACGUUUGAAUCACUUGUGAAAAUUAUUGCAAGAGGUUUCUGUAUAGAUGGCUUUACUUUCCUACGCGAUCCAUGGAACUGGUUAGAUUUCAGUGUGAUCAUGAUGGCAUAUGUCACAGAGUUUGUGGACCUCGGGAAUGUCUCAGCACUGAGAACUUUCAGAGUUCUCCGAGCUUUGAAAACUAUCUCUGUUAUUCCAGGCCUGAAGACCAUUGUGGGUGCCCUAAUCCAGUCGGUGAAGAAGCUGUCGGAUGUAAUGAUCCUGACAGUGUUUUGUCUCAGUGUCUUUGCUCUGAUCGGGUUGCAGCUGUUUAUGGGCAAUUUGAGGAACAAGUGUGUGAUAUGGCCGAUUAACGUGAACGAGACGUUCCUGGACAACGGCUCUAGGGGCUUUGACUGGGAGGAAUACACCAACAAUGUCUCAAAUUUUUACACGAUUCCUGGGGCCCCUGAUCCCUUGCUCUGCGGUAACAGCUCGGAUGCAGGGCAGUGUCCGGAGGGCUACACGUGCAUGAAGGCGGGACGAAACCCCAACUACGGCUACACCAGCUUUGACACUUUCAGCUGGGCUUUUCUGGCUUUAUUUCGCCUUAUGACUCAGGACUUUUGGGAAAACUUGUAUCAAUUAACCUUACGAGCAGCAGGAAAAACCUACAUGAUCUUCUUUGUCUUGGUGAUCUUUGUGGGAUCGUUCUACCUGGUUAAUCUAAUUUUGGCUGUGGUAGCUAUGGCUUACGAAGAGCAGAACCAGGCCACGUUGGAGGAGGCAGAGCAGAAAGAGGCAGAAUUUAAGGCUAUGUUAGAACAAUUGAAAAAGCAACAGGAGGAAGCACAGGCUGCUGCUAUGGUCACUUCAGCGGGGACGGUUUCUGAGGAUGCUGUGGAAGAUGACGGUGGCGGGAGGGUGUCUCGAAGCUCUUCGGAGAUUUCCAAACUCAGCUCCAAGAGUGCCAAGGAGCGCCGAAACAGGAGGAAGAAACGAAAGGACAAAGAGCUGUCGGAAGGGGAGGAGAAGGGUGACAACGAGAAGGUGUUCAAGUCGGAGUCAGAGGAUGGCAUGAGGAGGAAAGCAUUCAGGCUCCCGGACAACAGGCUGGGACGGAAAUUUUCCAUCAUGAACCAGUCCCUGCUCAGCAUCCCGGGCUCCCCCUUCCUCUCCCGCCACAACAGCAAAAGCAGCAUCUUCAGCUACAAGGGGCGCUUCCGCGACCCGGGCUCCGAGAACGAGUUCGCCGACGACGAGCACAGCACGGUGGAGGAGAGCGAAGGCCGGAGGGACUCGCUCUUCAUCCCCAUCCGCGGCCGCGACCGGAGGAGCAGCUACAGCGGCUACAGCGGCUACAGCCAAGGCAGCCGCUCCUCGCGCGUCUUCCCCGCCCUCCGCCGGCACGUGAAGAGGAGCAGCGCGGUGGACUGCAACGGCGUGGUGUCCCUCAUCGGCGGCCCCCCUUCCAGCAUGCCCGGCGGGCGCCUGCUGCCCGAGGGCACUACUGAAAUCGAAAUUAAGAAGAAGCCUGGUGGCUCUCUCUUGGUCUCAGUGGAUCAGAUGAACGCGUCCUACGGAAGGAAGGAUCGCACCAACAGUGUCAUGACGGUUUUGACCAACACCCUUGUUGAGGAGCUGGAAGAGUCCCAGAGGAAGUGCCCCCCUUGCUGGUACAAAUUUGCCAACACAUUCUUGAUUUGGGAGUGCCACCCGUACUGGAUCAAACUGAAGGAGAUAGUGAAUUUAAUUGUCAUGGAUCCUUUUGUUGACCUGGCCAUCACCAUCUGUAUUGUGCUGAACACUUUGUUCAUGGCGAUGGAGCACCAUCCUAUGACCCCAGAGUUUGAACACGUGCUCUCCGUGGGAAAUCUGGUUUUCACUGGAAUUUUCACAGCAGAAAUGUUCCUGAAACUUAUAGCCAUGGAUCCUUACUAUUAUUUCCAAGAAGGCUGGAACAUCUUCGAUGGAUUUAUUGUCUCCCUCAGCUUAAUGGAACUGAGUCUAGCAGAUGUGGAAGGACUUUCAGUGCUGCGAUCUUUCCGAUUGCUGAGAGUCUUCAAACUAGCCAAGUCCUGGCCCACUCUGAACAUGCUGAUAAAAAUCAUCGGUAACUCAGUGGGCGCUUUGGGGAACUUGACCUUGGUGCUAGCCAUCAUCGUGUUCAUCUUCGCUGUGGUGGGCAUGCAGCUCUUCGGCAAAAGCUACAAGGAGUGUGUCUGCAAGAUCAAUUCGGAGUGUGAGCUACCCCGCUGGCACAUGAACGAUUUCUUCCACUCCUUCCUUAUUGUCUUCCGUGUGUUGUGUGGGGAAUGGAUUGAGACCAUGUGGGAUUGUAUGGAAGUGGCAGGACAGGCCAUGUGCUUGAUUGUCUUCAUGAUGGUCAUGGUCAUCGGAAAUUUAGUGGUGCUGAACCUGUUCUUGGCCUUGCUACUGAGCUCCUUCAGCGCAGACAACUUAGCAGCAACAGAUGAUGAUGGGGAGAUGAACAACCUGCAGAUCUCUGUUAUUCGCAUCAAGAAGGGCAUUGCAUGGAUCAAGGCAAAAGUGCGUGAGUUCAUGCAGGCUCAUUUCAAGCAGAGAGAGGCAGAUGAGGUCAAACCCUUGGAUGAACUGUACGACAAGAAGGUGAACUGCAUUGCUAACCACACAGGGGCUGAUAUCAACAGAGACAUUGAUUAUCAGAAGAAUGGCAAUGGCACAACCAGUGGAAUUGGGAGCAGUGUGGAGAAAUACAUAAUAGAUGAAGAUCACAUGUCCUUCAUCAAUAACCCCAAUCUCACUGUCCGGGUACCUAUUGCUGUAGGUGAAUCAGAUUUUGAAAAUCUCAACACAGAAGAUUUCAGCAGUGACACGGAUCCCGAUGGGAGCAAAGAGAAACUUGAUGAUACCAGCUCCUCUGAAGGUAGCACCAUUGAUAUAAAGCCUGAAGUGGAAGAAGUCCCUGUGGAGGCACCAGAGGAGUAUCUCGACCCAGAUGCAUGCUUCACGGAAGGUUGUAUGCAGCGCUUUAAGUGCUGCCAGGUCAAUAUUGAGGAAGGGCUGGGAAAGUCUUGGUGGACCUUGAGGAAGACUUGCUUUCUCAUUGUGGAACAUAACUGGUUUGAGACUUUCAUCAUCUUUAUGAUCCUACUGAGCAGCGGUGCCCUGGCUUUUGAGGAUAUUUACAUAGAACAGAGAAAAACCAUCCGGACCAUCCUGGAGUAUGCAGACAAGGUCUUCACUUACAUUUUUAUCCUGGAGAUGUUGCUGAAAUGGUGUGCCUAUGGAUUCGUCAAGUUCUUCACCAACGCCUGGUGCUGGCUGGAUUUCCUCAUUGUGGCUGUCUCUUUAGUCAGCCUUAUAGCUAAUGCCCUGGGCUACUCGGAACUAGGUGCCAUAAAGUCCCUUAGGACACUAAGAGCUUUGAGGCCUUUAAGAGCGUUGUCCCGAUUUGAGGGGAUGAGGGUGGUUGUCAACGCCCUGGUUGGCGCUAUCCCCUCCAUUAUGAACGUGUUGUUGGUCUGCCUUAUCUUCUGGCUGAUUUUCAGCAUUAUGGGGGUUAACCUGUUUGCCGGGAAAUACCAUUACUGCUUUAACGAAACAGCCGAGAAGCGCUUUGAAGUCGAUAUUGUUAACAACAAGACGGACUGCGAAGCGCUGAUGCCUCCCAACUCCACGGAGAUUCGAUGGAAGAAUGUGAAAAUUAAUUUUGACAACGUUGGGGCAGGAUACCUGGCUCUUCUGCAAGUUGCGACUUUCAAGGGCUGGAUGGACAUCAUGUAUGCAGCAGUAGACUCCCGGAAGCAAGAAGAGCAGCCCAAGUACGAGGACAACAUUUACAUGUACAUAUAUUUUGUAAUCUUCAUCAUCUUUGGCUCCUUUUUCACCCUGAACCUGUUCAUUGGUGUCAUCAUUGACAACUUCAAUCAACAAAAGAAAAAGUUUGGAGGUCAAGAUAUUUUCAUGACAGAAGAACAGAAGAAGUACUAUAAUGCCAUGAAAAAGCUGGGCUCAAAGAAGCCUCAAAAACCUAUUCCCCGACCUCUGAACCGCAUUCAAGGAGCUGUCUUUGACUUUGUUACUCAGCAAGCAUUUGACAUAGUCAUCAUGAUGCUCAUCUGCCUCAACAUGGUCACCAUGAUGGUGGAGACGGACACGCAAAGCAAGCAGAUGGAGAACAUCCUGUACUGGAUCAACCUGGUUUUUGUCAUAUUCUUCACCUGCGAGUGCGUGCUGAAGAUGUUCGCCUUGCGGCACUAUUAUUUCACCAUCGGGUGGAACAUUUUUGACUUUGUGGUCGUGAUUCUGUCCAUUGUGGGUAUGUUCCUGGCCGAAAUCAUUGAGAAGUAUUUUGUGUCGCCCACUCUCUUCCGAGUCAUCCGGCUGGCUCGCAUUGGACGUAUCCUGCGUUUGAUCAAAGGAGCCAAAGGAAUACGCACCUUGCUUUUUGCCUUAAUGAUGUCGUUGCCUGCCUUGUUCAACAUUGGCCUCCUGCUGUUCUUGGUCAUGUUCAUCUUCUCCAUCUUCGGCAUGUCAAACUUUGCCUACGUCAAGCAUGAGGCUGGCAUAGAUGAUAUGUUCAAUUUUGAGACUUUUGGAAACAGCAUGAUCUGCUUGUUCCAGAUCACCACGUCGGCUGGUUGGGACGGCCUGCUGCUGCCGAUCCUAAACCGGCCGCCGGACUGCAACCUAGACAAGGAGCACCCUGGGAGUGGUUUUAAGGGGGAUUGUGGGAACCCUUCCGUGGGGAUAUUUUUCUUUGUGAGUUAUAUCAUCAUCUCCUUCCUGAUUGUGGUGAACAUGUACAUUGCCAUCAUCCUGGAGAACUUCAGUGUGGCCACCGAGGAGAGUGCCGAUCCGCUAAGCGAGGAUGACUUUGAAACCUUCUAUGAGAUCUGGGAGAAGUUUGACCCCGACGCCACGCAGUUCAUCGAAUACAGCAAGCUGGCAGACUUUGCCGAUGCUUUGGAGCAUCCUCUCCGUGUCCCCAAACCCAACACCAUCGAACUCAUUGCCAUGGACUUGCCCAUGGUAAGCGGAGACAGGAUUCACUGUUUAGACAUCCUGUUUGCCUUCACCAAACGGGUCCUGGGGGACAGUGGAGAGCUGGACAUCUUGAGACAACAGAUGGAGGAAAGGUUCGUGGCGUCCAACCCUUCCAAAGUGUCUUAUGAGCCCAUCACGACUACGCUGCGGCGUAAGCAGGAAGAGGUUUCAGCAGUGGUUAUCCAGAGGGCUUACAGGGCUCGUUUAGCAAGGCGGGGGUUUAUUAGUCGAAAGCCUGUCCCCACCAAGUUGGAGAACGGAGGCGCGAACAGGGAGAAGAAGGAAGGCACCCCCUCUACGGCCUCGCUCCCGUCCUACGACAGCGUUACGAAACCCGAGAAGGAGAAGCAGCAGCGGGCGGAGGAGGGAAGACGAGAAAGAGUGAAAAGGCCAAAAGAUGUCAGGGAAUCCAAGUGUUGAGACAAAAUAAUAAAAUUGUACAAAUUAAAAAAAAAAAUUGCAAGUGAAAAGAUUGUUUACAAACUUCAUGAAAUAUAUCAAUACAGAACAGCUGUGGAGACACUUACCUGAAGAUCUUAUACCAAACAUAGUCUGCUUACUGUGUGACGGCGUUGCAUCUAAAGCAGUGACCCACCACCUGUUUAAAGGACCCCUGUAAACAAACAUUUAAGAACAAAAAAGGAAAAAAAAAAAAAAGGAUUUUCUAUUGUUUGGGCAGGUGGAUACUGCAUGUUCCACAUCAGUCAAUGCAACUUAGGACAAACAAGCGAAAUAAAACACACACACACAGAAACAAAACCUGCUACUGGGAUUCAUAUAUUUUUCCAAAGCAGCCAAAAACGGAUUUUAUUUUCCCAUUUUGUUGAUUAUUGAGAUAAAACCCAGAAGUCACAGUGUUAAAGGGUUUGUUCAUGCAAAACUAGAUUUACAUUUAGAUAAGCAGCAAAAAAAAAAAAAAAAAGAAAGGGAAAAUGUGAAAAUAAGUAAAACAAGAACAACGAAAAAACAAACCACCCAUUCAGCCCAUGUCAUUUAAUUGUCAUAGUUUAUUUGGUAUUUAUUAUCUGCAUUCUACUUUUUACAUGGGCUUUACUUGGUUUGGGAGACGGGGUAAUCGGGUACCUUCAGCCCGGAGCCAGCUCGGGCUGAUUUCCCCCCCCCCUCGCCCCCCCCCCCAAAAAAAAAAGUGCUCGUUCAGUGCAUAGAAACGACUUGCAUGAUGGCAUGCCGUGACCGGGAACCAUGCAUGAGGAACCACGAAGCCACCAGACACUCCGUGAUCUGCCCACAGCGCCGUGUUAAGCCAUAAACCCGCGGCACUGCACCGCGCACCGCCGUCGGAGCUGACCCGCCGCGAUGCCCUCCGCCCGCACUGCCCCGUUCUUAGCGAUCUUUUGUAGACCUGCCAGUAGGAAACGGGGGGGAGGGGGGGGGGAAAAGGGAAAAAAAAAAAAAAAAAAACAAGCAGACGAAAGCGUUGUGUGUGCGUAUGUUCAGCGGCGUCUUCGCCCGCCACGACGGGACGGGGAUGGGCACGGGCAGGCGCGGGGCCGCUCCGACACCCGUUCGUGCCCCGCCAGCUCCCUCGUUAGUUGUUGCUCCGCCACCGUCUUGCAGCGCGGACGCUUCGGUAUUUUUUUCCCCGCGGGCGUUUCGAUGCCACGUCGGGGUUUUUAAUUUCAUUUUUUUCCUCCCCUCCUUGCUGCAGUAGCGACCAGGUUGGUCCCGUCCCCGCGAGCGCGGCGGGCUGCAGCGCGGCGCCUCCGCUCUCGGCCCCGGAGCCGCGCCGGCUGCGGCCCCGGCGAAGGGUUUCCCCUAGCAGAAGGGUGAGGGGAAAAAAAAAUGGGAUAAAAUAACAGUAAUAACCCCGAGACAACGGCUCCUCCGGCCCCGGCGCUCCCGGGGCGGCGCGGGCUGCGUUGCAAACAGCACAAAAAAAACGGGAAAUAGCUGAAAAGUGCGGCUGAACUUUUUAAGAGAAUAUUAUAAAUAGUGUAAUAUAUCAUUUUAUUUUAUCGGCAUGCCUUUUUGUAAAUACAAAGGACUACGGAAAUAAUGGAAUGGCUUCUGGCUUAUGCCAUUGUCCAUGUUUAUUUUUAUUUUUUUAAUAUUUUUUCCUUUUUCCUUAGACCUUGGAUAGCCAGCGAGCGUCCCCCAAAGGAAAACAAAACCCUACCUACCCCCAGACUAGAUCCAAAAAAAGGAAGGCUUUAUUGCGAAUUAUCUUUGCAACAGCAAACAUAUGUAUUUUUUGGCUUCCAGUGUGCAAUAAGUCGACCACUUCUAUGCAAGAUUUGGCUAAACUUGGUAACCGUUCGUCAGCCGGGCUGCCGGCUCGUGCGCGAGCUCGGCCCCGUCGCCGCUCGGGCCGGCGGGUUCAUUCAGCUACUCGAUCACCUUAGGAGGAAAAAAAAAAAACAAGACCCUUCAAACGCGCCUGUAUAUAUAUAUUUAUUUUUUUAACAUUAGAUCUGUAUUAAAUGCAAGAGGCGAGCGGUGGCGCCGCUCAGCAUUGCCGAAAAUCACGGGGGGGGGGGGCGAAGGGUUUCGUGAGCCGUCCGCUGCCGGUCGGUGCCCCGGCGCCGGGAGGGUCCCGGGUGCCUUCGCCCUUGGUUUGGUCCCGCCGCUCCGUUUCCUCCUCGCAGCGGGCAUCUCCGCGCUCCCGGGGGGCCCCCGCAACCCUCCCUUUUCUAUCGAUUUGUUACCGCGUUCUUAAGGGAGCAGAGGGGAAAGUUUGGGGGGGGGGGAGGAAAUCCCCAUCCAAGCUGCUUUGUUCACUUUUCCUGUUCACCUUUUUUUAAAAUAUAGAAGCCAAUGUCGAACAAGAAAAACAAAAUAAAACCAUGAUAUGACAUAGAGGCCACACCCGAGUUCGAAUUAUUUAAUUUUCCGCCGCAAAAAAAAAAAAGAAAAAAAAGAAAAAAAAAGAAAAAUGUUAAAGCUGUAAAAGACCAAUAGUGAAGAUUAGUGUAUUAGAAAUUGCAUGGUGGCUCUUAAUGAUCUUACCCAACAUGAUUAAAAAGAAUUACGUCUACUAUAAGCCAAAAGAGAUGCAAUAAACG